AGAUCUAAAGGGCACCCGAGGGGCAUCUUUUUUGAUACAGGGGGCGAACAAGUUGCCAGAGGGAGGUUUCGACUUUUCAAAGACAUUUGGACAGGAACAUGUCGUGAGUCAGAGACUGCUGUACGCUCCUGCUGCACAUUUCCAUAGCUGAGGUGUCGAACGGGUCUCUUCCUCCUCCCAGUUGGAUCAUGUGGAAGAAGAGGAGGUCCCAUCGCUUGGAGAUUUCAGCUCCUCGGGACUUUGAGCACAGGCUGCACACCUCCUUUGACCCCCAUGGCCAGAAGUUUGUCGGCCUGCCCCAGCAAUGGCAGGGGCUGCUGGCGGAAACCCCGAAGCGGCCAAGGCCUCUGGUGGAUCCAUCCAGGGUCACCCCUGUGGAGCUCACUCCGCUGAAGCCCAUCGUCCGUGGGAGCAAGUCGUCAGUCAAUGGGCACAUCACGGAACUGCUGGCCGACCUGCAGAAAGUCUCUGUCUCCAGGUCCAACUCUCUACGGAGAAGCGCGGCCUGCUGCCCUCGGGGGCCACCCUGCCCGCUCAGGAGGAUCGAGGAAGACAGCACCCAGGAGAUGCAGAAGAAGCUGCCCGGUCCUGCGCGCCGCUGGAGCAGGAUCUUCUCCCGCGGUCACCACGGGAAGGGCCGAGGGGGUGAGGGCGGGAGCUCCGCGGUGAGGCCUUCGUGCGGCCGACCAGAUGCGAGUAAGCCGGCCCAGAACCUCUCCGUCCCCUCUUUGGAGUAUGAGCGGCAGAGGGCGCACUCCAUGCACCGUUUCUCCCCCCCACGUGCUCAGGAUGCCAGUCUCCCCUCGAAUGGAGUCCCCGCAGAGACUGCUCCGUCUCACUCAGACAGGAGGCUGAGACCAGGCAGGAGGAACAGUCUGGGCUGGAGGCCCAUCUCUUGCUUCUUUGGUCAGUCCAGCCCAAAGGGCACGAGGGGACACGGCACGGGUACCUUGCUAAAGCACAGCAUCGCGGGUCACCCACUCAACAGCCAUCUGUCCACGGGGGCCUCGCCAGACACAUCGGCAAGAGUCACCACGGCCAAACAAACUCAGCUUAACUCCAGUGAGUACAGGACCAGCCUACUCUUCCCUCCAUGCCUGGGAUCAGCUGAGCGAACCUACUCUGGACUGCGCCCAGUGGCAAUGGACCUUUCCUUAUACAAGAGGCCCAGAACUGUUCACAGUAUCCUAGCUGUUCUCUGGCUGGUGGUAUAUCAACAAUAA